UGCAGCACGUGCGGGAUGACCUUCAGCAGCAAGUGCGCCCUGGACAAGCACGUGCGCUCGACCCAUGUGACGGAGACGUUCUCCUGUAAGUACUGCACUAGUAUGUUCCACAGUUCUCCGGGGCUGACCAGGCACAUCAACAAAUGUCACCCCACGGAAAACAGACAGGUGAUCUUGCUGCAGCUGCCGGCAUCCAGGACGUUUUAA